UGCAAUUACUGUAUUGUAAAAAUCAACAACCAAUUAUCAGUUUCGAAACUGAUAACCAGAAAUUCAAUUAUCGUUAACAUCCUUAAUUAAUACUAGUACAAACUUAUUUUAUAGUUAGAGUUUAUAGACAGGUCUAAAAGUAAUAUGCUAAUAUAUUGCUAAUAAUAAUACUCAGUUUUGAAUCAUUAUUUAAGUUAGGACUUAAUAACUGAUUAUCUUUCAGUUAAAUGAUUUAGAAAAAAUGUGUAUUUAGUCAUUCAUGCAGUAAAUUCUAUAUAAACAGUGCAUCUGAAAGGGUCACUGUUUAAUCCAUGCCUUGCCGUUUCUCAUGUACCAUAAAAGCCAAACGGUCCAUCCAUUCUUUUCUUUCAGAAAGUCAGGUUUAUACUCCCGCUCUGGAUAUAAAUCUAUUAUGAUGGCUGGUCACCUUUCUCAAAUUGAUAAGUCAUUGAACCAAAAAAGUGCAUUUCAGUAAAUAAUACUCCAACAUGGGUAUGGGUGUGCCACUGUUAAAUGAGUAUAAGCGGGCGUUCUUGUAUAAGCGGAUACCACAGACUGUCCUAGGAGGGCUAAAGGUGAAACUCGGACAUGAGGCCCCAUUUUAUGUUUAUGCCAAUCAAGUAAGUAGCUUCUAAAAAAACACAACACAUUUUUGGCGAUAUCACCAAAAUUUCUAAAUGCAGUCAUCAUUGUGGUUAUUCUGUUAAUGCUGUGCCUGAGCAUGUAAUUGAUGAAAAAUAAGGAAUCAGUUAUUAUAUAUAUCAGAACUAACAAGUUUGUCAAAGUUAAAAAAUUAUUUUUAAUUUCUAAUUAGAUCUCAUCAAAUCAAUAGUUUUUUUGUGUGUGAAUUAUUGUUAAAAUUUCUUUAAAAAAUUUGCCUUGGCUGAAAGAUUUUUCUCAACAUGUUUUUGUCCUUUAUCAAACUUGUUUAUGUUAUGCUUUGAAAAGGGGUCAAUGUUUCUCAAAUCAUGGUCCACCCACGGAUGCCAAUCCGCAAGCCUUAUGUUGCUGGUCCACACAACAUGAAUAUUUAUGGUGAAAAAAAAGAAAAUGUAAUUUCUGGCACCGGCCCCUAAGAUGUAAUUUCAAAAUGUGUCCACCUGUCUGCCAAACUUAAAAGUUGGGAAACGCUGGUUUAGAUUAGAAAUCAAUGAACUUAAGCAGUCUGGACGUUAGAAACAAAAAUAAAAAAAAAAAAAAAAAAAAAAAACUUUUGAUUAUUAUUGUAAAUAAAAUAAGUAAGUUCCAACUUUAUUUCCAAACCUCUACACUGUGUUAAAAUUACUUUUUUUAAUAUUAUUUUUUCAAUACACAUGCUUGAACUGUGACCACACAUUUUGAUUCAGAUUGCAUUGUGGCUGGUUCCUGUGUUACUUGGUUGCAUCUUCACACUAGUUCUGGAACUUGCCUACACAGACGAUCAGAUUGGAAACUUUCUUCCAUUGUACAGCUGCUUGUUUGGUGCAUGUAUUAUCAUUUUUGUCGUGGUGGUGCAGACAAUUACGACUGUUGUCGAGAUGAAGGAGAAGGAAAACCUACAUAUUAGUGUAAAAAGGAAGAAUGUUUUGGCGGACGAAGAUGAAAUCGACUUUCAGUCUUGCUGUGGAGCAGAGACUCUAGCUUUUGUCAUACCACCCAAAAGAUUUAAAAUAAAUAUAGCUCUGCAUGCUUUGUUAUCAGGUACAUAUAUUUUGAAACCUUGUCCCAAAUUUAUUUUUCUUUGACCAUCAAGUUGAGCAUAAAAAAUUAGCUCUUGAAAUGAAAAUGUUUUGUUAGAACACAGAUUGAGUAAAAACUUUUAUAUAAAUAUUUGGUUACUGUAAAGAGAAAAGUCUUUUCUAUGCUUGUCCAGUUAACUAGAUUAUGACAACUGAUAAUAUUUUUUUUAUAGAGCUCAGCAUUCCCCAUACAUUCAUCUUUGUUUAGAGAGGAUAUCAUGUUUCUAAGUGCAAUUUGUUUCUUCAAAUUAGGUGCAGUUUGUGGCCUGGGAUUUUGGUACUUGCUACCCUACUCCAUAAACAAGCUGUACUAUUACAAUUAUGGUGCAACCACAGCCAUUUUUGUACUGGGGUGGUUGACCAUUAGCAUUACUCAGUACUCGCUGACCACUACAGCACCCCCCGAGCCAGCAAUAUAUCGUACUACAGAUUCGCUUGAGAUGCUACCACUUACACGACCCCUUUAUGCUCUCAUAUGUUAUAGCGUACAUAUAGCAAAUUGGUGGGUAAAAUGUUCAUUGCCAAUGGCAAAAAUAAAUGUUCACAGCUAAUUUAAAUUCAUGAACUAAUUUGGAAAAAAAAAUGUACAAUUUAAGAACAGAUUAUUCAAUUAAUUUUUAAAAAAAGCUUUUUAAAAAUUAUUUAUCUAUGAUUGAUUUUCAACACACUAGAGUUUGUGAUAUAAGAUAUUUAUUUAAAAUGCUUGAUCUCUCAAAACAAAUAUUAAAAUCAACCACAACUUUGAAGAAAAUGAAAUGCACUGUCACUUUUACAUACAAUUUUUGAAAACAAAGUGAAGAUUAUUAGAUUGUUGUUGUUUUUUGCUGUGUGUAUCAUAUUUUUUGCCUAACACACUUUUUCAAUCAGAAAGAUCCCAUUCUAUGCUUUGUGUUUCUAUAAACUAAAAUCAGAUUUUGCUGAUUGUAUGCAUGCACUUUAAAUUGCUUGAGAAUUAUUUAUUCAGUAAAAAAAAAAAUUAUACCGGUACUCAAAUUUAUCUUAAUGAAGUUUCCAACUGUCCAGGCUGUCUUCACAUUAAUAUUUCUCAAUUCAGCAGCAAGACAACGAUGGUUGGGGGUGAGGGGUGGCUCUCGUUGUUAAAGCAAAGUAAAAAAAAAAAAAGGAAUAGUAUGAAAUAAAAAUAAAAAUAUACAAUGACUGAUCAUGGGAAUGCUUUUUUUGUUUAUUUUUUUUUUUUAGGUACAAUCCUGAACUGUCUUUUCCAAAUCAAGCUCUACACUUUGUGUUUGUAUUGCUGCCACUGAAAAAUAAUAAAAAAAAAAGGAUUAGUAUGAAAUAAAAAUAAAAAUAUACAAUGACUGAGCAUGGGAAUGAUUUUUUUGUUUAUUUUUUUUUUUUAGGUACAAUCCUGAACUGUCUGUUCCAAAUCAAGCUCUACACAUUGUGUUUGUAUUGCUGCCACUGCUAUGGUUCAUUGGUCUUCUACCUUCAGCUGAAGUUUUGUUUUUAUGGUUGCUAGAGCAAUUCCUUGUCUUCAUGUUGGGGGGCUCACCUGCUGCCUCGAACCCAAGGUAUUUGUGUCAUUUUAAGCUUUUUCACUCAGCUGGUUGAUCUCACAUAGUUUUGAAGUGUAAAAAAAAAAAAUUGUGUUUAAAAUAUAUGUUAUAGCUAUAAUGUGAUGUUAAAUAAUAUUUUAAUCAUGAGGUUUGGAAGGGUUGUUUAUAUAUAUAUAAUAUAUAUACAUAGAGAGAGAGAUUUAAAGAAAGGUAUACUUCUAAGUUAUCAAAGAGCUUGUUAUGCAAAAUGCUGUAUUCUGGCUCCACAUUUGGAGUAUUUUAAACAAAGUAUACGGAUGAGUUUUUUCCCUUUGGGUGAGAAUCAUUGUUUAUUUUUUUGACUAGGUUUUAAGAAAUAAAGUAUACUGAAAAUCUUUUAAGUAAUGUUAAAGGAGAUACCCCAUUGCAUAUGAUAUGAAAGAGACUGAAAAUGCCUCAUAAUUUUUCUUCUGCAGACUUUUGUUCAGUGUCAUCUUAGCAGCCGGAGCUUUCCUUGGCUGCUACUUUCUUAAUACCUGCUUCAGUGCUGUUGUGUUUGCAGCACUCACAGGUUAUCUCCUCAGUUGUGAUUUAGGAUCUUUAGGCACGCAGGUGGGAUGUAGCUAAAUGUUUGACUCAAUUCUGAAAUUUUUCUCUUAAUAAUUUGCUGGCAUCCGUCCGUCACAAUGUGACGAUGGAGUGGGCUUCGUAGGACGAAAUCCACAUAGCCUGGGAUUAUUAUACUUGAAGGAUUAUAAGCUGGUUCCCAACAGCAAAUCGCCUCUCUCCACGCCGCUGGGUAACCCAAGGGAACAUCAUUGGAUGAUACAGCUUGGCACCAGUGACGUCGCAGGAGUUGUCGGAAUGUUUCAUUGUAUCAAUGUUAUCCGCCUUUCGGGACUCCAUCUCCGGGUUUGAUUUCAGAGUUUCCUUCUCUUAGAUGAGUUGCCGUCCAAGGUUAACGAGUCCCAUCUACCCGAGGUGCUGGUGGUGUUUUUGCUCUAGCUGGAAUUGAACUCCAGACCACCAACUUGAGAUUUGCUCAGUUUAGACCACUCGGCCACAGAGAAAUCAUUAAUAUCCUUAACGUGAUUUCACUCGAGCUAUUUCGUUGUAACUUGGUUAAAUCUUAUAGACAAAAAUAUUUUGUUGACCCUGUCCAUGAAAUUGUUGAUAUCAUUCAUGAAGAAAUACAAAUUAUUAAUUACCUUAACUUCUGACUAUCAACAAUAAAAUUUAUUAAAAUAAUACUUUUUAGUGUCUUUGAUAUUAUUUCUCUUCAUUACUUGAAAAAUUAUAUUAAUUUAAUUUGUUUAAAAAUAUUUAUUCAUAAAAUUGUUUCAGAUUUGGGCAGCUUUUUGUAAGAGCAACAAUAACAGAGUGGCUUCAAAUCGGCCAUCUAUUUUAGCAUCCUUAGCCCCACAGCAUGGAACUGUCCAUGGAUUCUUGUGGUCUUGGUGUUGGUCCACUGUCCUCUAUCACAUUUCAAUUUUAGCAGUUGUUGCUGUGGCUUCAGGCGUCACAAACUACCAUGUCAACAAACUCUCUGCAGACGUUGUCAAGAUCAUUGGAUAUUGCAUAAUUUGUCUGUGUGUUCUGGAAAAAACUCUGAGAGAUCUACAGAGUGUGUUUGUCUUCUUUGGCCUUUGGAGAAAUCCUUUGUUUCCCCACAAUUCACAAUCGCCAAAGCAGUUUACCAAAGUCAAGAGGCGCCUGGUUGUAUUCGGGACACUUAGACGCAUUGUUGUCAGCUGGGGUGAGUGCAUCUGGAUCACUGUCUCCUGAUUUAGCUAUAUAUAAAUAUGAAUUUAUCAUUUACCUCUGUAUUAAUUUAUAAAUUAGCUUCAAUUCUUUAUUAAUUCUAUACAUAUAUAUACCUCCAGGAUGGCACUACUUAUCUGCAAUUAAUUGGUAAUUGGCCUAUUCAAUCAGUUUACAACUUAAUCGGCGAGACCUUAUUUUUAUUUUUUAAAAAUUAAUUUGAAAAUGUUAUAAAAAUAAAUACUCACUCUUGUUCCCCGUAAUCAGUGCUGUCAAAAUAGGGGGGUAAACAUCAUAUAACUUGUACCAGCGUAUAGUCUCUUCUCAAGAAAUCUACACAUAGCCUUUUCUGUUCCCUAUAGUAUCUCUCUACACCAAGCCUUUUUGUGUUCCAUUCACCAUCUCCCUACGUAUAGCCUUUUUCUGUUCCAUACAGUAUCUCUCUACACAAAGCCUUUUUGUGUUCCCUACACUCUCUCCCUACAUAUACCCUUUUUCUAUUCCCUACAGUAUCUCCGCUAUUGAUGGUGGUUUAUUUGUCCCUACAAGUUGGCAGCUCAGAUGUAAUGCUAGUACCCAUGACUGAUGGCAUGUCCACAUCUAUGAGUAUUAUAUUUGUAUUCAGCACAGUUCGAGCUUUUAGAUGGGUAAAUUUCCUAAAAGUAAUCUGGAAUAGUUAAUGAUUUAAGCCGGGGAACUUUCAUAGUUAACUAUCCCUGAACUAUAAAUCAAAUUUUAAUGCUGCAUUAUAAUUUGUUAGAAUAGGUUGACACCUUUAAAAGAUGUGUCCAAUCUUUUUUAAUCUAGUCUAGAUAUUAAAAUAUUAAUCAUACAAUUCAUCCUGUUGAAAGUUUUUUAAUGUUUUAAAUAUGUUAAAUGUAUUUGUGUUACCGGUAUAUUUGUAAUGUGUAAUGUUAACUCAUAACAAAGCAUAUUUAUUUAUUUUGAAAACAAUUUAAUAAUUAAAUAAGAGUAAAAAGUUAAAAUAGUAUUCUCCUUAAAAUAAAAAAUAAGAAGUUUUGUGAUUAUCGUUUUUUAAAAAUCAACUUCUGGUUAUCCGUUUCAAAAAUGAUAACCAGGAAUCAGAUUAAUGUUUAACAUUCUUAAUUAAUACCAAUGUUAACUUAUUUUCUAGUUAUAGUUAAUAGAUAGGCCUAAAAGUAACAUGCUAAAAUAUGAAUAGUUUUUAUUUUACCGUUUCUCAGGUUUGGCAGAGCACCACACAUGCACUGCUAGAAACUUCAGUGAUCCACAUAAUUCUGAUAACUCUGUCAGGCAACCUCCUGGUGCUGGAACUGAGAGCACCUAUUCUCCUGCUCAUAGCCUGUGUUGUCAGAGACAGACUUUACCAGUUUGCCAACAAGCUCUACUUUGUUUUGGGUUUGAUGAUAUCCUCGUGGACAGAAAAGAAACAGCGCCGGUCCUCUACAGCAAGAAUCCUGAUCCUCAACUCCAUUUUCUUCCCCGUCGUCCUGGCCAUCGCUGCCGCAGCGUCUGCCGUCUCAGCUCCGCUCCUCUGCUUGUUCACGCUUCCUUUGUUUUUUAUUGGAUACCCCCGGCCUGUCAGGUUUUGGCCGGAGCCUGUGGGUUCUUCUGCCAGUACAUGUGUUGAUACUCUGUACUACAGGCAGCUAACUGUAGAGCUGGCCAAGGCAUUGAGAUGGGCAUUCGCUAAUGGCAGUUUGGGUAAGUCAUAGUUUAUAAGGUUUAUUGGCAUUGUUUUGUGCGUGUAACAAUACAACCAAUUCAUUGCCAAAUUUAUGUAAGAUAAAUAUGUGUGAGCGGUAUUCCUAUAACUAACUGCUGUGGCCAUUAUUUUAUGAGGCUUUCUUUGAAAAGUUUGGUAAGAUACCGUGCCUUUUCACCAGCAUGCUUUUAAACAAGAGGCAUUGUGGUUUGAAGUAACCCAUUUUUUUUUUGAAAGAGGCACUUUUAAAUCUGAUUUUAUUCAUUGGUGUUCGUCAGGUGAACCGCAGGUAGGCAACCAUUACCUGAUAAGGUAUCAGGACAGGCUGGUCUGGACCAUGGUCCUAGAGAGAGGCGCUGGCUUCUGCACGGUGAACAUCAAAGGCCUAGAGCUGCAAGAGACCUCUUGCCACACGGCCGAGGCUGCCAGGAUAGACGACCAGUUCACCGAGGCUUUCAACGGUCAAACCAACGGCUUUGCCUUGUGCUCUUUCAACAAAUAUCCUCUGCACAGCAUGACACCAGUGGAUGCCGUUGAGCUGAGGACUUACUCUGACGCCCGGAAUGUUUUAAUAGGUGUGAUUGACUCCCCAGAAAGCGUAGGGGUCACACUGUCGUUCUUUGUCAAGAGCCUUAUUUGGGUGCUGCUGCACCACAUCAACAAACUGAAGCAGAAGGAGGAGAUGGCCAAGAAGAUGAAGGAGAAGGAGAUUGAAUUGAUGAAAGACAUCGGCAGAAACUCGAGUGGUUUCUGCGUGAAAUGUCAAGUCGGCGGCAAGGACGGCACAGGGGGAAACAAGAGAAAAGACAAAGUCAGUGUGGUGAACAACAACACUGCCCCAAAAGAACUGAACCACAACAUGACUGCCGCGAACAGGACACAGAAGACUGCAGCUCGCCAUGCUGCAGCUGGUGGUGAUAGCUUUGCCCUGCCACCUUACAGCGGACACAAAUCCAAUCCCGUCCACAUUUCCCGUCCAGGCUCAGGGGGCUCCAACUCCUCCCGCAGGGUUUCGUUGUCCUCUUCACUUCACAGCUUCACUGACAGCAUCUGGUCGGAUGAUUUUGACCUCGAUAAAAAUAAAAAGAAAUCCGGCCCUGUAAAAAAUCAGCAUAAGAUAUCCACCGUUGUUUCCAUUACAAAUAAUUCCAAUAGACUGGCGUCCGCACAUUCAGUAUUAAGCACUUUGCCUCCCCCAGACACUACCAAGAAGCCCACAGGGGCUUAUCAUGACGGUGGCCUUUUUAGAGACCAUGAAGUGAUAGACGAUGUUGAGUAUGGUCUGCCUGCUGUGGAUAUCAAUGUGCCUCGCACUCGUCCAAACAUUGACUUUGAUGAUGCGUCCAAGUCAGCUGAGGCUGCCAGUGGCGUGAAAUCCUUGUUUUCAUCCAAGCCUAUUUCAAAGUUCAUGGUAUCUAAUGGUAAUCACAUCUACAAGCCUUUGAUGAAUUUGGCUGGCUCACCAGAUUUCAAGUGCCAGUACUCAACACAUAUUAGGUAAGAUGCAGUAUUAUGUUGUAACGAAGUGUAAAUCAGGGCUUUGGUAAUAUGGCAUGUAAUAAUGUAAUAAUAGCAGAGACUUAUUUUAUUGUUUAACUGUUAUGAAAUUUUAAAUUAUUUAAACAAAAUAUUUUUUUUUACAGAUUUGUGUUUAAUUUAUUUAAGCAAAUCCAGUCACGGCAAAAUUUUUCCUUCCUUCACAUGAGGCAAUUGUUUUUUUGUGUGUUCAUUUAUCUUAUAUUUGACUUAAAAUUACUUAGUCAAAUAAGCGUUAGGAGCUGUAUUUGCAACUAUACUUCUUUAUUCAUUUUAAGUAUUACAUUUGUGCAUGUGUUGGGGUGCCAACAGAAAAUUUCGCACAAAAGAAUCAAUUAUCUUGAUUAGAUUUUAAUAUUUAAAUAUAUGCGAUCUGCUACUUUUGCAAAUUAUACAAGUACUUCUUGUGCAGUAAUAAAAUACUUCAAAUAAAAUUCAAAUGAGUUUGGGACAUUCCCUUGAAAAUUUCUACGUGUGAUUUAAACAUAAAAAGUAUAAAAAUACAAAGGAACCAGAACUAUGCUGCUGCAAUGUUACCCUGUCUCUUAUGCGUACAUUAUAAUACAGUGUACCAGUGAAAUGGCGUGAGCUGCCCAUUGAGCCAUCCCAGCUGGCCCGCUACACGUCCCAGUUUCCCACAGCUUGGUACAAACACACACUUUGCACACUGGAUUGGUCAGUCACGGAACAGCCAGGCCAGAAAGUGGCAGAUGAUGUUGGAACAGACGAUGCACUGACCAACUGCUACACUCAGCUGGUCAUGGCCUGCUAUUCAGCCUUUGACACACCUGGUAAACUCACUUUAAUCACAUUUGUUUACUCUUACAAUUUUUGGCGUACAAUGUAAGAUUUUGAGGUGUAUAUAUUAUAUAUAUUGUAUGUUUAUUUUUUUUACUAUUAAGUUAAUGUAUUGGACGAUUUUGUGAUGACAUUGUACGUUUUUUUAAAGAGUUUGAGAGUAAACAGGUCUGCUUUAUAUGCUCGGUGGUUGUGAUUUCAAUUUAGUCUUUAAAAAGAGCAUUUUUUAAAUACUUGUCCCACAUUUUUUUUUUAAAAACCUAUGUUAUCAUUUAAGUCUGAAAGAGAAGAUAUUAUUUUUUUGUUACCGUAUUUUUAAAACAUACUUUCUUUAAGAAAAAGUAUCUUUAUGUGAACCCAAUUCAGAUAUUAUAUCACAAAUAAUAAUUCUCUAGGUAUCUAUUCAUUGCUGUAACACUGUGUGCAAAAUAAAAUUCCCAGAUGUUAGCACUAUUUGGGAUUCUUAAGUGCGUUUCUUGAAUGCAAGCUUUGUCAUGUAACUUUAGUAGAGGGGAAGUUUACGCAUUUCUGCUGCCAUUAUUUGGUGGGCUAUUUCUAGUUAUAGAAUAAAAUUCUUCCGAUAUCUGUUUUUGAAGUUAUAUUAUUUCCCGUAGGACGACCUAAUGGUGCUAGCUACCUGUAUAAAUGCUACAAUGGUGAUGUGCCGUGGAAUGCCAUGAUGGACUGGCUUGCGGAGGACAGAGAGCUGUACAAGUUGGUUAUCAAGGCUUUCAGGUGAGCAUCCCCUUUAAGUUCAGAAUGUGUCUGGAUCUGUCAAUAAUUCAAUAUCUUGGAUGUUCGCAGAACUCGAGUCCACAAGCUUUAGAUUGACUCAGUUUAGACAGCUUGGCCAGCCAGCACCCUGUGCUGAUUAGGGCUAAAAGAGUAGAUGCUCUUGACAUUUAUGCCAGUAAGACAGAAAUGGGCAACUCUUAACAUGCAAAUCUGCUCUGUACGUUUUUAAGCCAGUAAGCCAAAGUUUAACACAACAUUGUCGAACCCAAAACAGUCAGUACUGAUGUACAAGGUAAAGGAAGUCUGGUUAAGGUGUGUGCAGUAAAUUGCUUUCAAAUCUUUUUCAAUCAGUAGGAAAUUCUAUCUUUUCUUUUUUAAUUUUGUGAUUUAAAGCCAUCUGUGGUCCUGUACAAAGACUCCCUACAAUCCCAUACAGAAUCUCCGUAAUACCUGAGGGGAAAAAAUAUAAAAUAUAUGCAUAAAACUUGUUUUCCCUGUCCUUGUGCCGAACAAGUAUUUUUUUUAAUAUGAAACCUGGCAGGCUAACUUCUGUAAUCAGCUUGUACCAAUUUAAGCAAUGAAAAUGGCCUCUCACACACUCCUUUGCCGUAAGUGUUGGGCCACACCAGCCGGGCUCUGAUCAUUGGCCCAGUUUUCAACAUUUUCAAAACACCUGAAUUGAAUACAGAAAUCGGAAAACAUCAAAACUGGAGUACAAAAGUAAGGGAAAUAAUAACAGCAUUAAUUGACCAGAAGAAAAUGAUAAUAAAGUGUCCCUCACGUUUGUGUGUAUAGACAUCCAACAGUCUAAAGUAAACUGAAGAGUAAGAUUUUUUGUAAUAAUACCCUAAUCCUUAAAAUUUGAAGAGUUUCUACCUCAUUUUCUCAGCUGUAGAUAGAAUAAUUCCCUAAUGUUUUUAAACGGUUGUGUGCUGUUCAUUACAAAAAGCAGUCUUGUCAAUAUAUGGAAUAUUAAAAAUUUUUAUUCUGUUUUGUCAUUUUAAAAAAAGGCACUUCAACUACAAGGACAUUGAUAAGUCAUCAAUAGUUUUACAUUUUUCCAUUAAGUUUUCUAUUCUAUAUUAUUUUAAUCGCUGAAAAUUAAAACUCUUAAUGCACAAUGUAAUUAAGGAAAUAAAAGAAGUUCAAAGAAAAUAACAUACAAAUGCAUAAGAGUUAUGAAUCCUCAAAUAAUAAAAGUAAACAUUGUCUAACAAACAAUAGCACUGAUAAUAGGAUAGUCUUAACAAAAACAUGACUGGUGAAUUUUGGCCCUGAGGAUACACCAUUGAUGAAAAUUGUAAAUGAUUUCCUCCCUUGAUGUGCAGGUACGGCUUUAAGUUGAUGAUAGAUCAAACUCUCCUUGGAGAAAUCUCAGACAAUGAUGAGCUAGAGGAGUAUCUACGUAGCUACGAUGACGACUGGUACAUUGGCAAGGACACUGAUCCAGAAUGGGGCGUGUCGGUCUUGGAGAACCGCAACAGCUUGUUUUCCCUAGGCUUAAAUACUGCACAGGUAAGGAUAUUCUUUGGGAUAUUUUACAAAUAUUAGUUUAUUCUAUAUAGUUAUUGACAAGAUUACUUCUCAAACUGAGCAAUCUUUGAUUAGCUGUUGAUACCCCACCUCCCUCCCAAAAGUAGCGGAAUAACUGAAUCACAGGUUGCUUUCUUUAACAUGUAAAACAUUGUGUUGCAGUUAAUUAUUUCCAGGCUCGCCAACCUCUCAAUACGUGAUUGCUUAAUUUAAUGGGUUGUUACAUAUUUUUAGAAGACAAAUUAAUUUUUGAGUAAAUAAUUUCAAAAAGAGAGCAACAACAAAAAAUCAAUUAAAAUCUUACUUCAACUUAUUCAGGGGAUAUUCACGAGUCGCACCCUAACCCUCCAAGACGUCAUGGUUCACAUGGGACGCAUCAAUCGUGAGAGUGUGAUGGGCCAGUGGGCCAAUCUCAACCUUGAACUCUUGUACAUGACCAACGACGAUGAGGAGCGCUACUCUAUUCAAGCUUUGCCAGCCAUGCUGCGGAACCUCACAGUCCAGGCGGCUGAUCCACCCCUGGGUUACCCAAUCUAUUCUUCCCCACCUGUAUCUGUGCCCACAAUAUAGCACUGUAAAGCAAAUGUUUGGCCCUGUGAAGGAAAUAAUUCCAAAACUGACUCCAUGAGAAAAAUGGCAAAGCUACCUUCCAUUUUGUGACCAGCGACUCUCAAAUUUAAACCAGCCUGUUGGUUUUGUUUUGGUUAGAACUGGCUUGUCCUGUCUCAGAUAUACACCCAUGAAGUAGCUUAUUCUCAAUUCCAGGGAGUUUGAAAACAUUUCACGAAUACGGCAUGCUGUUUUGGGACCCAAAGGAAAUGUUCUGCCUCCGUGAUGUAAGCUUGGCGCAUUGUUUCCCCACUGAGCGAGAAUUCAUGCUCGCCAGAGUAUGGCAUGACGCAGCUGUACCAGUUUGGACUGACAAAGCUAUAAACAUUGCUGUGUGGCUCAGUCUUACUUGGCCAUUACUUUCCCC